UUUGGGUCAUGCUAAGGUCAUUUUCUUUCUAGAUUUUAUGUUUCAGGGCGGGAGCGAUGCACGAAGACAGCGAGAGAACAGCGAGAGCUCUGGAUGCCAUGGCAGCGAUUGGGCUGCCCAGAAAAUUUGUUCUCGGGGUUCUCACCGAGGCGCUCAAGGUUUACAAUGGAUGGGCAUUCCUGGAGCAAAACCAUUUCGAAGUUCUGGCCGAGCUUUGCCUCGACCAGAUGCAGGAAGCGGACACAUUGGCGAUCGAAAGCGGUACUUCCAUGAAGAGCUCCUCGACUGGCACUGUGGUCGACCGGGGAAAGGAAAAGAGACCAUCGCGAUGUCGCGCAUCGCCAGCGGCAAAGGCUGCUGGAUUCAAAGCUUCCACUUCCAGUCCGGUGGAAGCUUCAAGAAAAGCUGCCGCUGGAGCCAAAGUUUCUUCCUCUCGUCUCAAACCGGUGGAAACUCAAAAGCCUGCCGUUUCUUCCUCUCCUCUCAAACCGGUGGAAGCUCAAAAGCCUGCCGCUGGAUCUAAAGAGGAGAUCGCUGUUCUUGGGGGAAGCAAAGCCUUUCCUCCGGCUAAUAAAAAGCCUCGAACGAAUCCGGAGCGUCUCGGGAUCGUCCUGGAGCCAUUCAUCUUCCGGGCUCCAACAAGGAAAGUCUCUCCAUACGGAGAUUUUCCAUCCGCUGUGGCUGAUCCCAUGAAUGGAGCCGAGCAUUCCAAGCAAAUGAUGGUCACUGCUUUUUGCGCAGGAGGCGAGCAUUCCAAGCAAAUGGUGGCCUUGAGCGUCCAGCCCCUCGCGGAGAACAUACCCCCAGAGCAAGAUCUGGCUCUGGCACCGGUUGUGAGCAUGAGCGAUCAAGCCAGCGAGCUCUCGGAUGAUCCAGAGCUUCCAUCGCGUGGAUUCAGCCCGGAUGCUUGGGCGCUCUCCUUGAUCAACAGCCAAUAUGGCGAUGACGACUAGAGAAUCUCUUGGGAGGGUCGACUUACGAACGGUUUUUGUAUGUAUGGAUGUAUAUUCCUUGAUAGCUAGAAUAGUUCUAGAAGUCCAAGCUUUGAUCAAAGCUACUUUAGCUAUGAUGGCUCUUUACCAAUGUUUUCUAGAAUCAUUAUCAAUGUCCAUCGUUUCUUCUUCCUUCA